CCCAACCCUUCCUCCCCUUCUCUCUUAUUUAAUCCAUCUUCGUCACAAAAGCUAAUUAGCACUCCCACCCCCUCAAAGCCAAUUAGUUCCAUACUAACUAUGGCAAAGUUACAUAAUUCUCACUCAUUUCUUAUCAUUUUCAUCUUGUUUUUUCAACUCACUAAAAGUGACCAAACAUUUAAUGACCAAAAAACCCACCACCUUCAAGAAGAAGAAGAAGAAGCUGACAGGAUUACAUCACUUCCUGGCCAACCUAACGUCACUUUCAACCAGUUUUCCGGCUAUGUCACCGUCAACCAAGCCGCCGGCAGAGCCCUUUUUUACUGGCUUACUGAAACCCCUAAUCACCCUCUUUCUAAACCCCUUGUCAUUUGGCUUAAUGGAGGUCCUGGAUGCUCUUCUGUGGCAUAUGGUGCAUCCGAAGAAAUAGGCCCCUUUAGAAUAAACAAAGGGGCCACGGGAUUGCACUUGAAUAAAUUUUCUUGGAACAAUGUGGCUAACAUCUUGUUCCUUGAAACUCCGGCUGGUGUUGGUUUCUCUUAUAGCAACCGUUCAUCGGACCUACUUGACACUGGUGAUCGGCGGACUGCCGAAGAUUCACUUCAGUUUGUGAUACGGUGGAUGGAGAGGUUCCCACGUUAUAAGCAUCGUGAAGUCUAUAUAGCAGGGGAAAGCUAUGCCGGACACUAUGUUCCUCAAUUGGCGCGACAAAUUAUAAGACACAAUUCCAUUUCUCGUUCUCAUUCCAUCAAUUUGAAAGGAAUAAUGGUUGGAAAUGCUGUGACGGAUAAUUACUAUGACAACCUUGGAACGGUAACAUAUUGGUGGAGUCAUGCUAUGAUAUCCGAUAAAACGUACCAUCAGCUAAUCAACACAUGUGAUUUUAGACACCAAAAGAAUUCAAAUGAAUGCGAAUCGUUAUAUAGCUAUGCCAUGGAUCAAGAAUUUGGUAAUAUCGACCAAUACAACAUUUAUGCACCCCCUUGUAACAACUCUGAUGGUAGCCAUUCGAGUGCCACCCAUCAAACUAUGCGGCUGCCCCAUCGACCCCAUCGGAUGGUAAGGCAGACCGGUUAUGACCCGUGUACUGAAAGGUAUGCAGAGGUUUAUUACAAUAGAGAAGAUGUCCAAAAGGCGUUUCAUGCAAAUACCACAAGAAUUCCAUACAAAUGGACAGCCUGCAGUGAGACUUUAAACCGGAAUUGGAAUGACACUGAUGUCUCGAUUCUUCCAAUAUAUCGUGAACUGAUGGCUGCUGGACUGCGAAUUUGGGUAUUCAGUGGGGAUGUGGAUUCAGUGGUUCCAGUCACGGCUACUAGGUUUGCAUUAGCGCAACUCAAGUUGAAAACAAAGGUUGCGUGGUACCCUUGGUAUGUCAAGAAACAGGUUGGAGGAUGGACAGAGGUAUAUGAAGGGCUAACAUUCGCAACAGUGAGAGGAGCAGGUCAUGAGGUACCAUUAUUCAAGCCAAGGGCAGCAUUGCAACUAUUAGUGUCCUUCUUAAAAGACCAACCACUUCCCAAAUCUUGACCAAAUGUCAAAUUUUGGCUUAAAGAAAAGCCAAUACUUUGAACUUUAUUUAUAAAUGUGCCAUGAGGUCAGAGGCAAAAGAUUGCCGUUUGACAUUUAUUUGGGUAGAAAAUUAGAGAUUUUAAGGUAGUUUGGAGGCUUUACUUGAAAGUGUUAUUGAUUGGUAUGAAAGUUUGACUUUAAAAGUUGUUGAAAAUAAUUAGAGGGGGUUGAAAGGGAGUUUAUCAAAGAGUGAGUUGUAACAUACGUUUCAUUGUCUAUGUCAAAAAUGUUACCAGAAGAGUUCAUUUAUUGAUUUGGAUUUUGGAG